CUGUCCGCCGGUUGGCUCGCUGGGACCGCGCGCACCGGCCGCAGAGUCCCUUGAGUGGACUGGGAAGCGACGCCCCACCUGCCCCGAGCUCACCAUUUUCCUCUCGCGCUGGCUGCAGCUGACCCGGCGAAGGAAACCGACCGGGCCCUGGGCUGGAGGUAAAACCCCACGGAAAGAACAUGAGGUUCCCUUGGAAAUCAUUCAAGAGGAAGAUGGAAGGGGCUGUUUAAAAGAGCUUAAAAGCUACAGGCUGUAAGACUGGGGCCUGAGUGCUGGCAGUGGAAAACCCUGUUGGGCUGUGAUCUCUCCCUAAAAAGUUCCAGGUGCCUUUUUGCUUCCUGCAAAAGAAAGGAAGCGAAAGAGAAGACCAUGUCCAUAGCCCUGAAGCAGGUAUUCAACAAGGACAAGACCUUCCGACCCAAGAGGAAAUUUGAACCUGGCACACAGAGGUUUGAGCUGCACAAACGGGCUCAGGCAUCCCUCAACUCGGGUGUGGACCUGAAGGCAGCUGUGCAGCUACCCAGUGGGGAGGACCAGAAUGACUGGGUGGCGGUACAUGUGGUGGACUUCUUCAAUCGGAUCAACCUCAUCUAUGGCACCAUCUGUGAGUUCUGCACCGAGCAGACCUGCCCUGUGAUGUCAGGGGGCCCCAAAUAUGAGUAUCGGUGGCAGGAUGACCUCAAGUAUAAGAAGCCAACAGCGCUGCCAGCCCCCCAGUACAUGAACCUUCUUAUGGAUUGGAUUGAGGUUCAGAUCAACAACGAGGAAAUAUUUCCAACAUGUGUGGGUGUUCCCUUCCCAAAGAACUUCCUUCAGAUCUGCAAGAAGAUCCUGUGCCGCCUUUUCCGGGUCUUUGUCCACGUCUACAUCCACCACUUCGACCGGGUCAUUGUGAUGGGUGCAGAGGCCCAUGUCAACACCUGCUACAAACAUUUCUAUUACUUUGUCACAGAGAUGAACCUCAUAGACCGCAAGGAGCUCGAGCCUUUGAAAGAGAUGACGAGCAGGAUGUGUCACUAAUGCUUCACCUCACCCUUUGGAAGAAAGGAAAGCUGUUUCCUCCUGGAGCCCUGAGUGGGCAGGAGGUGGACCACCCUGGCUUAGAUGACACACCUAUUCCCAGGAGCAGCAGAGGUGGAGGCAAGCAGUGACUCCUGAGAGACAGUCCCCACUCACUUUGUGUGCUCUUAACCUUCUGAGUGCCGCUAGCCCAGACCUGUGGACCAAGCAGACCGCAACGUGAAAGAAGGACCAGCCCCUUAAUUGUUCUGGCUGGGGAAUUGUCCACGAGGAAGCCUCUGCACUUCCACACAUGGCACAGUUCUGCCUGUGACCUGCCGCCUAAGCUUUACUGGAAUUCAGGUUUUGAGACUGAGAUGCUUGUUUGUAUUUUUCCACUUAUCUGUCUUGUCAGCUGGCCGACUUCUCUGUGAUUGGUUUUCUAAGUGCCGGGUGAAUUUUGGACCUCUGGAUGUGCAGCAAGUUUUUAUGCAAUAAACCUUCCUUUCAGGUCUCUAAAAGCUCCUGCUCUGGUGUGUAGUUUAACACUGUGCAGGGCUGUGGAGCUCUGAGAGACCUGAACCCCCCAUCCCCCGCACCCCCCUACUGUCCCUGCCGAGGCAUCCAUAGUAUUUCCCUAAUAAGUAGUUUUAUCAGGGACGCUCCAUGGGGUGGCUUGUCUCUGCCCCAAAACAGGGUCUUCACAUUCUAACUGCAGGGAAGAGACUGGUUACUAGCGUCAAGCUGACAAGUUACCAGUUCACCUGAUCAGAAUGUAUUUUUUAUAACCACCGUCAUUCUUUGUCUCUUCAGUUGAAGAUAUUCUUUCCUGUUUCCCAGAAGAGAGAAAUAAUAAAAGUCCUAAAUGACGAAGAAUGAUCAGCGGGAGCCUUGGGCAUGAUUACUGCAGUGUUUGUUGUUUAUUAAAGAGCAGGGAGUCGUGGCUGUCUCUACAUAAUACUAACAUUUCAGUGAAAAAAUAAAAGUAAAAUUGGUUAUUUGGUACGUGUAGAUUUAACAUCCAGACGACUGACUUGUAACCCUCCCCACUGGCCUUCUGAGCAUUUAAACCCAGCCGUCAUUCUCUCCCCACUCCACAAUCCCCGUUCCUCUGCCAUGUUAUGUUACACCACAAAAUUAAUGUCUGCCCCUGUGAUUGUGCCAUGGUUGCCAAGGUAACGGUGGAGCUGGCGCUAACUUCCUUCUUUCAUCCUUUCCAAUUUUUCUAUUCCAGAAGACAGUCAGAAUGAUGCAUUCUGUACUACAUCCUGCCUUUUGAAACUUAAAUGAGUUUUCGUUGAUGAAAUGUUGCCUUCUCUGAUUCAUUCACAAAACCGUGGUGGUUCUGACCACCUGUGACGAGGGGGUCAUAAUACUUCCAGUGAUCCUUUUAAUUUAGCAAAAUAUUUGUUGGUGGAGGGAAGUAGAUAAGAAUGUAUUAGUGUAUUUUAAUGUAAUAAUGAUUAAAGAAUAACUAAAUGACUCUGA